AUGAAUAUAGACAACACUAGUGAUAGUCGAGGGACACAGAAAGCUGUGUUGUCCAUUCGACCUGAUAAACAAGUGUACAAAGGAGAAAAUGUUAUGCUCAAAUGUGACAUUCAUGAAGGAGGAGACACUGAGUGGACAUACAACUGGAUGAAGGAUAAUAAAGUCUAUAAAAACAGCACAACGCCAGAGAUCCAUAUCAACUCUGUUAAAAACACCUCCACUGAGAAACCACAACCAUUACUGAGUGUAUCUUCAAAGAACUGGCUGACUGAAGGAGACUCAGUGACUCUAAGCUGUAAGGUUAAAGAUUCCUUUUCAGACUGGACAUUCAGCUUUCACAAAGUUGUUCCAUGUAAAGUCAAUGACAGUCACAUCAAGUACAAGCUGCUGCUCCUCUCAGACAGCAACAGAGGAUCUGGAGGUUCCUACACUCUUAGUCAUGUUGUUCUAAAUCACACAGGACUUUAUAGGUGCAGAGGAGAGAGAGGAAACCCAGCAUUUUCCACAAAGAACAGCAAUCUCAAGCCACUAUGGAUCACUGGUGAAUCUCCUCCAGUAUCUCUGAUCAUCAGUCCCAACAGAUCUCAACACUUUUCUAAUCACUCUCUCUCACUGAGCUGUGAGGACCAGAGUCACUCUUCAAAAAGAUGGACAGUGAGACGAUACAUGCAAAAAAUGAAACUGGCAAAUUGUUCACAAGGGGAAUUAAGUUUAGGGUCUACAUUUAACAUCAGCUUCCUCUUCACAUCAGACACUGGAGUUUACUGGUGUGAGUCAGAAACUGGGGAAAACAUUAAUCCUGUCAACAUCACAGUUCAUGCAAGAGACUGGAACAGUUACAUUUCACUCCUGAGCUGA